AUGCAGUUGUCCACCAUCCCCAAUCAGAAAUCAUCAGAAAUCACAGUGCUCGCUAGAAGGUUUACACGUCUUUAUUCGAACCGGCCACAUCCAGAAGAGGUCGAGGAUGAAAAUCAAGAUGAAGACCUUGAGGAUCUUGAAGUCGACAAAGUCGAUGAAGUCGAAAAUGGAAAAACGUCCGAAGUCCUGAAAGAGCUCCUUGCGUCGACUUGCGCAGUUGUCCGAAAUGCGCAUUUGGACCCAUCUAAUCGCGACCUCGACACUAUUGACAAGCAGGCUGAUGAAUUGCUCCAAGGGAUGAUCGAGUGCGCCUAUGGCACGCACGAGUCGAUCAACUUUUUGCCUUCUUUUGCGCAUGAUGGCUUUGGGAACAGUCUUAUUGAAGAUCUCGAGACGAAGGGGGUGGGUGCCUCGUCCCCAGAGACGGUGCGUGAAUUCAUUGAAAUCAUGACCUGCUACACGGGGCGGCCACUUAAUGCUGAGGCUGCCGCAUUUCCCGGUGUAACCAGAGAACCCUAUGCUCAAACUCCCAAACCGCAUGACAAGACUUCCCCAAUUGCACGUUUUAGACAGGACGUGCCUAGCUCAAUUGUAACUGAGGCUACACUAACCGCUCAAGCGAUAUAUCAAGGCCGCUGCUCGGCCAUGAGCAGCAACACUUGUUCUCCUAUUGGUCUCUCACUUUCCCACAACUCUACAUGCAUGACCCUUUCUGCUGCAGGGGGCUGGAAAAACCGCUGUCAUGUUCUCUCGUACUAUGUCUUUGACAACAAUUUGGACGACUUCCCUUAUGAAGUCGAUAUCGAAACAGGCCUGGCGGACAUGGGGGGUCCUCUUGCGCUUAUCGACAAUAGGAACAAAAUUCUAUGCGGCGGCAGAGGUGAAGUUGAAGUUUGGGACGUUGACUCGCUUCCCGAUCAUGGCCCUAAAGGCAAGAAGCGCGUGGGCAAGGGCAAGAUCUCCAUCAAUGAUUUCUGGCAUGACGAGCCAGAGGAUAUUGAACGGUUGACAGGCACCGAUGCGACCUUGACUAUCAAAUUUACAGACCCGACACUGGACCCCUUGCGCUGGCAGAGGCUGUCGGAUGCUAAAAUAUUGUGCACGCAGAGAAGGGGCUUUUUGUGCUACACUAUCGAUCUGCAAACUGGCGGGAAGGUAACGUCGCGCUACUUGGGCCAUGGAGGGGAGGUCAAUUGCAUUUCCGUGAGCGAAGGAGAUCCCAAUGCGUUCUUGACUGCGUGCAACGAUGGCGUCGUGAGGUUGUAUGACGUGCGCGAGUCUCUUCCGCGUCUUUCAUUCAAUGCCGGUGCCGGGUCGGACCCUUGUGACACUGCUCUAUAUAUCCACGUUGAGGGUGUUCCUUUCGUCAUCUCUAGUAGCCAUAGGUUGGAGUCCAUCAAGGUCUGA